AUUUCUUAAGCCAAAAUCACUAUUUCAAGAGAACUUUUUUUUACAGUACAGCAGUUGUGCCAGCAGGGGGAGCCCUUAGCUUAUGAUAAGCAGUUCCUGGACGCCGUAAAUGAAAUCUCACACAGGUCACAUCGCGUUGCCGUUAAUGCAGCAGGGUUUUGUCCCUCACCGGCUGCUGUAGUUCUCCAGGCUGAAGAUCAGCAGUUUUCCCCACGUGUUGAAGCCGGAUACAGAGCACAAGCUGGACGGGUCGGUGUGUGUACCCUGUGCAGGAAGGACUCCUAACAUAGCUAUUAUAUAUUCUGCCUGUUCCAAGAGCCCAUCUCUAUUCUGCUCAUGGCUGACGUGUUAACUGAGGAACCAAAACAACAAGUAAGUGGUGGGGGAGAGACAAGGAAAUCAUCCUGUCUGCAAGAGGAAUCUGAGGUUUUGGAGGAAAAUGGACAUGAUGCCAAGAGGUUUAAAGUGGAUCCUGAAGAGCAGAACAAAAAGUAUCCAAAGAGGAAAGUAGUGCUGCUUAUGGCAUAUUCCGGAAAAGGCUACCAUGGAAUGCAGAGAAAUGUCGGCUCGUCGCAGUAUAAAACAAUAGAAGAUGAACUUGUGCAGGCCCUUGUCCUGUCAGGCUGUAUUCCUGAGAAUCAUGCCGAUGAAAUGAAAAAGAUGUCCUUUCAACGUUGUGCGCGCACAGAUAAGGGAGUUUCUGCUGCUGGGCAAGUUGUGUCUUUGAAGGUAUGGUUGAUCGACAACAUAAUGGAAAAAAUAAACAGUCGCCUGCCCUCCCACAUCAGAAUAAUAGGACUGAAACGCGUUACAGGAAGGUUUAACUCCAAGAACUCAUGUGACGCACGUACCUAUUCCUACACCCUACCUACUUUUGCUUUUGCUCAUAAAGACAGUGAUCUGCAGGAUGACCGCUUCAGGCUUGGCCAAGAAACAUUAGAUAAAGUGAAUGAACUGUUGGCUCUUUACAAAGGAACACAUAAUUUCCAUAAUUUCACAUCACAGAAGGGACCCUGGGACCCCAGUGCUAAGCGUUACAUUAUGGAGAUGCAUUGCGAGACGCCUUUCAUGCAGGGAGGCCUAGAGUUGGCUGUGAUUAAAGUGAAAGGUCAGAGUUUCAUGAUGCACCAGAUACGUAAAAUGAUCGGACUGGUUAUUGCAGUGGUAAAAGGCUAUGCUCCACCAUCUAUAAUGCAGCGGAGCUGGAGAGAGGAAAAAGUCGACAUACCCAAAGCCCCAGGGCUGGGGCUGGUAUUGGAGAGGGUCCACUUUGAGAAGUACAAUAGGCGUUUUGGGAACGAUGGCCUUCAUGAGUCUUUGGACUGGGCAGAUGAGGAGGAUAAAAUUGAGACAUUUAAGAAAGAACACAUCUAUCCCACAAUUAUUCAGACUGAAAUUGAAGAAAAGUCCAUGGAGAGCUGGCUUGCCACUUUAUCCAUUCAUGACUACGACGCAACUUCUCAAGAGAAGACUGAGGUUAAUCAUGAGGUGGCAAUGGUGCAUAGCGAUGAUGGCGGAGACUCUGACUGAAUGGUGGUUCGUCUAAACUGCAGUUACAGAAUUCUGGUCUGAAGACAUCUUGCAGUGCAAAUACGGUGCAUAUUAAUAACUAGCUAUGUCAUUGGGGACCUCAGUGUAUAAGCUAUGCAUUUUUCAGGAUGAUGCUGCUGUUAUUAUGUUUCCCCCUUUGUGCCUGUGAAGAAGCAGGAAAAGUCAGUAUAAUCAAUGACAAAAAACAUCAGUUUGGUAAGUUGGACAAGAUCUGACCUUAAAAAAAUACCAGAAAAUAAAACCACUAAGGCUUUAAAGGGGUACUAUGGAUCAGUAGUUACAGCCAAAUUACCUUCCAGAGGUAAAAAUAUUUUUUGUUUCCUUUGAAUUUGUGGUCUGCUAAUAAAAUAUAUCCAAUUAAUAUUUCCAACCAAGGUUCCUCCAGCUGUUGCAAAAUUACAACUCCCUGUAUGCCCGGACCAGCGGAAUGCACCCUGAUUGGGAAACACUGGAGUAGACUAUGACAGAAAAUAUUAAUAUUAAUAGCCUUCACCAAUCUGUAUCUAGGCCUGAAAAAUCCACCAUUAAGAGCCUGUCUGACUGUAAGUCCAUGUGCCUCGGCUGAAAUAAUACACACAGGACUGUAAACUCUUUCUGGAGUCAAAACUGUAAUAAAUUAAAUACAUCCUUUUAAUUUUUUUUUUUUUUUUU